UUCUAAUAUGUUAGUGAGGUUAAGUUACUGCUUAUUUUUUGUGUUUUUGUUUAUCAUUUAUAUUAUUUUUUACCUUUUAUCAACAUAAAAUGAGCAAAAAACAGUCUUCUCAAACCUAUAUUUUAGCAAUGAACGAUUUCGUUCGAAGAUGUCCUAAACCAAAACCUGGAACAACACAACAUUAUUUGGUCCCCGAAGACUUUAAACUAAUUCCAUCAACAUCCGAAGGAUCUGUAACGAUAGAAAGUGACUCGAAUGAUUCAAAUGAUGUUAUAAUAACCAAAGAGACUGAUCCUGAUAGUACAACUAGGAGUGAAUAUGGUUCACAACUUGAGUUGAUAUCCACUUCUCCAGAGCUUUACGAACAUCUCGUCAGCGACUUUGACACUGAUGUAAUGAUGGUGGAUCCGACAUGUCAGUACGUCAUGAUCCAUAUGGACAUUAGAGAACCCUUGUCCAAACUAAGAAAACUCAUCGAGCAUAGAUUGGACAUGAACUUGAAAAACUACGGAUUUAUGAUACAAAACAGUCAAACACUAGAAGACCAUAAAAACUUAGUGGACCAGUGCGUCCAAGGUGAAGGAAUCGUGCAAGUCAAUGCGCAAGUUCAAAUUUUAACGAAAAAAAUCAACAUUGUUGAUGUGCUAAAGCCUGCUACGGACUAUGUUUACUCAAAAAAAGAUGAAGAAAAAACAGGAAAUGCGGCAAUGAAAGUUCCAGACAGUAGAAAGGAAGAGACGACUCUUGAACAUGAAGAUGAAGAAUCUGUAGAAGAAGAAAUGCUCUCGGCGAACAGCAGGGAACAUAUCGUACAGUGGCAGGUCGACUCACAAUUUAAAAGCGAACAACAAAGGCUAAAAAUCCCAUCGGACCCACUAAAAUGGACAGUGGUACAAGUGCGGCAUUGGUUACUUUGGGCCGUAAGGCAGUUUAAUUUAAUCGGAUUAAAACUGACCGAUUGGAACAUGACCGGAAAAGAAUUGCACGAACUGCCAAUGGAAGAGUUCAAACGAAUCGUUCCACACGAUCCUGGAGAUGUUUUUUGGACUCAUUUGGAGUUGUUAAGAAAAAUGAAGUUAGUCGCCGUAAGAAGAGGUGAGACCUGUAUAGUUCGAUCUGCAGCACCACCAAAACCAUCAACUGAAAUAGCACGGCCAUCACUUGCCAUUAAUAAUCGGUCACAAAAGGCACAUUUUUCUUCAAACACCAGCUUCAAAAUAGUAGGCAACGGAUCUGGUAAUAAAAGCGGUACUAACGGACAAACGCACUUGUGGCAAUUUCUUUUGGAACUUCUGACUAGCAGGCAAUAUAGAUCUGUGAUACAAUGGACAGGUAAGGACGCCGAAUUUAAAUUAACCCAUCCAGAAAUCGUCGCAUUAUUAUGGGGAGAGCGUAAAAACAAACCGGCAAUGAACUACGAAAAGCUCUCGAGGGCCCUCAGGUACUACUACGACGGCGAUAUGAUUUCCAAGGUACCAGGGAAAAGGUUCGUCUAUAAAUUCGUUUGUGACUUAAAGCAAUUGCUUGGUUAUAGCGCUCAGGAGCUGGACAAUUUAAUUAAGUAUGGGAGUCCCGUGCCACCGAAUAUUUAAGUUACAAAAUCCGUUUUUUUUUCAAAGUGAAAAUUUAUUUUAAAGGCUUUAGCAUGAUAAGCAUAUGCAAUUGGGACUCGGAAUUUACCAUUAAUUAUCACUUUAAAUAAGACACUUUUAAUAAAUAUCCAACCGUCACAUGCCAUGUAGUAGGGGAAGUACGCCUGAGACGAUAUAAAUUUUUUAAUCGCUGUACACUUUUUUUGAAAAUAACGUUUAACCCUUUGAGGACGGAAUUAAUUAAAUUACGAAGAAAACAGUUACUACCAAAAAAUCUUUAUUUAAAUGGGUAUUUGAACAUAAUGUAGUAUAAAAAAAAAUUGAAAAAAAAAAUAAACGGCGGUUAUCUGGACUAACCACUAGUCACUCACUAUGGUUUGUGGAAAUCGUAAAAACAGUUUCUUACAUCUUUCAGGCAUAAUCCGACGUUACAUGUUGAGCACUUCCAUACGGUUCGAUGUAAUUUCUUGCGGCUACUGCAUUGGGCACAUCUAAGAGAAGUAGUGUGAAUGGGCAUAUGAGCAUUUUUGUCGUAUUUUACUUCUUGAGGUACAAGAGGUUUGAAUUUAUUUGGGGGUUUCUCUGCACUUUUCCAACCACGUUUCGCUUGUUCUGGAUUUGAACCAACUAAGCCACUCACUACAGAAAGCCGAAACUGUUUCAAGGUCAUAGUAUUUGGCAUUCUUUGUUUGAAGUUGAUGUAGGAAUUAAUGACUGUAGCAUCCACACCAAAAAAUUCGGUGCCACCAUUUUCGUGACUUCCUAUCUAUUUCAUACAGUGACUUUAACAUGUCAAACUUGUCGACGUACCCCAUGUGCCGGUUAUAAUCGUUAACAAGUGAUGGGCAUUCUACAUCUUCUUUAGAGCCGUCUUUUUUUCUUCUAGAAGCAGUUUCCAGGUUGGCAGGAUCGUGAAAAUUUGAAAUAAAAAGAACGCUUUUUCUAUCCAUCCACUUUAAGGCUACAAUUUCUCCUGUAGAUACCCGAUAGUCCGAUUCUUCUCUUUUCAAAUGCUUAUCGUCACGCAAGUCGUUUGGCAUAUUUUUUCUAUUUUUUCUGGCGGUUCCACAUGCAUAAAUUCCUUCCGACAGUAAACUGUUUUGCAGUUCAACCGAGUUAAAAAAAUUAUCAAAGUAUAGUUUAUGCUUCUUACCAACUAAUUCUCUAGAUAAGUCCUUAUAAAGGCACCUAAGGAUUUUUCAGUAAGAUUUGAAACUUUACCCGUAUAAAUUUGAAAUUGCGACAUAAAUCCUGUUUCGUCACUUCUUACCCACACCUUGUAUCCCCUCUUGAUCGGUUUCAUCGGCAUAUAUUGUCGAAUGCUGCUUCUUUCUUUGAAUCGUAUCAUAGAUUCGUCUGUGGCUUGGUACUCAGUUAAUAAGGCAUCAAGGAGUGGGCGAAUUUUGUAAAGCUUGUCAUAAUUGUCAUCUUGCUUUUUCGGUUCAGUUGCGUUGUUAUUCAAAUGUAAGUUGCUCAACAACCAGCCAAAGCGAUCCCUGGACAUAGCAGUACUUAUAUAAUCAUCUCUAAGUUCAAUUCUGGACGACCAAUAAUCACGAUAGCUGGGUAUAGGUUUUAAUCCCAUCAGAAGGUUAAGACCAAGGAACACUUUUAUUUCAGCUUAAGUUGUUGGCAAAAAUGAACUACAAUUGCCACCUUGUUUUUGAACGGCAAUCAGAUUCAAUGUAAACAAAUGCAAAAAAAUAUCAGUAGGACUUUCUAGAUCUUGUGGUAUAGCGGGUCCAGUAUUUUCAGUAAAUGGGUCAACCUGUGUACAAAAUGUUGUCUGCUUUGCCCACUGUAUUGUUAAGUUUCUAAGCUGUAACUGUAAUUGCGCUAAAGGAACCUCAUCUUCAGAUUCCCAUUCAUAGUUCGGUAUAACUACAGCUGCAGGUAUAUCUUGCUGUUCCUCGAUAUCUUCUAAUAUAUUAACGUCCAUUGCCAUAAUAUCCAACUCACCGUCACAAAUAUCAUCUUCGGUAACGGAAGACACCUCUGAUUCGCUAUGAGAUGGUAUGCUACUGAUUAAAUUUUCAAAAUCACCAGGAGGUAGAUUUUCUAAUUCUUCCCACCUCCAAGUAAUUUUGGACGGACCUGAAAAAAAAAGAAAUAAACCCUCUGUGAAAUAAAUCACUAGUCAUAAAAAAUAUCCAUAGUAAAUGUAUAUUUCAACUCCUAUUAUAGAUUUGGAAAUCACCAAGAACCGUCUGAGACUAUUAUAGUCAAAGUCUUUAUUUCAAACCAUUCGUAAAUUUCCUGUAAACCAAUAAUCUUAAACCGAAUUUAUUGCCAUCUAGAGCAUGCAUGUAAUAUUUCCAUAUAAUAUACUACUUAGGCAACACACUAUGCAUUGUGGUUAGAUCAAAUGACUGCUAGACGUUUACGUACAAAUUUAAAAAAUUUGUGGUAAAAUUGUGGUCUAACCACUGGUCCUGAAAGAGUUAAAGACUGCCAGAUGAGAAAACUGAUAACUCACAAUCAAAACUAAACUCAGAAAAUAUCACAUGUAGCAUUUAUUGAUUAGGAUAGAUAAGUAAAAAAAAUUAAAAAAAAACCCUUUCAUGUGCCAUUUCACUCAUACCCUUAUGGAUAAGAUGGCAUACUAAAAUGAAGAUAUGAAUAUAGAAAAUAUAUUGGUUUUGUUUCUUGUCUUCUGCAGCGCACUCAAAAUUUCGCACAAAGCUGACUUGAUUCAUUUUUCAUGAAAUCGAGAUCCUGAUUUACAGUAGAUACAAGCUGCUUCGACCUCAUCUUCUUCCUCAAAUAACUCUGGCGCAUCCAAACUAUCGCUGCUUGUUUCUUCCUCUUUAAAAAAAACUUUUCUCCUCAUUUUUCGAGUAGAUUUUCGUAAUUCUUUAGCUUCUCAGUCUAUUUAGCGGAUUCCAUCUCGUGUGUAGAAUCCAGAAAUCCACAUUUUUCUCGGUUUCUGUUAGUUUUGCGUUUAAUCCGAUAAGCAAAAGGAAGAUGCAACAUGUCGGCCUCUAUAAUGGAUUUUGACGAACCUGAUAUUUCUACAGUUGGCGAGUCAGGAAUAUCUUUAAAAUAUGACUAACUUUUAUUGGAUAAUUUACACAUUAGUUGAUUUUUCUCACUCUUGGGUUAAGUUACAAUCGAAUUGUUUGGAACCUCAGGUACAUCGGUUGCUUCUGCUGGGGCAAACAAAUAAUUGGGGAAAAUAUCUGCUUUUAGCGGACCGUAGACGAGAAACUGCUUUGAGCAUUUUUUAAUGUCGCAACUUUAUCAGGAUAUCGUCAGCAACUUGCUAGUGGGUCUCAGUUUUUUCAGGAUGACUUCUGGUUAUUUAGUGCUUAAUUGAAUAUUUGUUUGCACUCUAUAGGUGCAAAUAAAACAAUAUCAACACACGCGAUAUUUUGCAUAUUUCAUAAUUUCGAGGCAUUUAUGACUUCCGUAUGCAUCUAACUAAAAGCAAAAAACUUGUUUUCAGUUAGUGGCUUCAUAAAGUUGACGAAUAUAUAUAUAGUUUUCUGUUCCAUCUUUUUUCCAUCGAUUUGGCUUGAAAGCACGACAUCUAAGUGUCGUUUUUGAGACUUGUGGGUUUUCGAUACUAAAACCGAAACCAUUCUAUUUUAUCUAAUUUGCCCCAAGCAUUUGACUGGUAAUUUCUGAACAACACGGAGCAAUCUUGGGACUUUGAUGUAUAUUUCCAAGAAGCACAUAAAACAUGACAACUAUCCAAACAGAAACAGAUUCAAAAACAUCUAGGAAAUUUGAAUACGAGGUCUGGUUAUUAAAUAACGAGACUGGUUACGAAAAAGGGUUUUAUUAUAAAAAUUAUUAUACUUUCGAAUGCUCCCCUUCAAUAUACUCCCCUCCCCUCGCCACACAUCUUUCCAUACGUUUUUCCCAUUGAUCGAAGCAGUGCUGAAAGUCUUCUUUGGUGAGGGCCUUUAGGAGCUCUGUCGUUUUUUGCUUUACCGCUUCCAUCGACUCAAAUCGGGUCUCUUUCAAAGCAGAUUUUAUCUUCGGAAACAAAAAAUAGUCGCGCGGGGCCAAAUCUAAAUACCAAAUACUGCAUCACAGAUAGUGCGUUAUAGGCAGGUGCGUUGUCCUGGUACAAAAUCCACGAGUUGUUUUUCCACAACUCGAGCCGUUUCUUACGAACUCGUUCUCGCAGUGUUGCCAAAAUGGACAAAUAGUAAGUCUGGUUGACAGUCUGACCCUCUGGAACCCAUUCAGUUAUCACGAUACCGUUAUUGUGUUAAAAAACGAUCAACCUUGCCUUGAAUUUUGAUUUAGACAUCCUUGCUUUUUUUAUUCUCGGCGAUUCAGGCGUCUUCCAAUGCAUCGAUUGCCGCUUGGUUUCAACAUUGUAUUGAAAAAUCCACGUUUCCUCGCAAGUAAUAAUGUUUUUCAUCAGUCCGGGAUCUUUUUCUAACCUUUCAAGGAAAUCUGAGCAGACCUGUUGACGCAAGAGCUUUUGGUAAGGAGUCAGGUUUUUUGGCACCAACUUCGCACAGACUUUUGUCAUGUGUUGUUGUUAUUCCCCGUGUAAAAUUUUUCUAACCGUUUCUUUAUCGGCGUUUACACCCUCGGCAAUCAUCCGGGUGCUCAUUCGACGAUCUGCACGCACAAUUUGGUUGAUUUUGGUCACUGUUUCCGGAGUUGAAACAGUGACAGAGCGACCUGAGCGCUGGUCAUCUUCAGUGCUCUCUCGGCCCUCACUAAAGCGCUUACACCACUCAAAAACACGCGCACAAGAGAGAGAAUUUUCCCCAUAGGCCUCUUUCAACAAUUUAUAGCACUCAGUCGAAGUUUUUUUUAAUUUAACGAGAAAUUUAAGAUUGAUGCGUUGCUCUUGUUUUUCAUUACACAUGGUUUUCGGCACGAGAAAAAAAUACGUUCGAUUCAACCCGCUACUGCAUGAAUACUAUAAUAGUGACGAAAACGUGUUUUGGUACGUGCAUAGACAAGAUAUCUAGAUACCCAACGCACUACUCGUUUUUUUCCCCACCCGUCUAGGGCGCCCUCUAUACACGCAGUCUCGUUAUUUAAUAACCAGACCUCGUUUAAGUAAGAGUUCUGGACCGGACGAACUUCAUUUUCUCUCCCACUUUUAGUCUAUUCUUUUCUUUUUGUUGGAAAAAACUUUCACUCUUCUCAGUUCUUAAAUCGGAUAACAGGUCUGAUGUAGCGAACUAUAGAGGAAUCUCUCUUUUUUUCAUUCCAUACAUAAAGUGUGACUUUUUUGUUAUUUAGCGCAUAAAUGGGAAAAAAUUGUACCUGUAAUUUUAGUUUAUAAUAACUCUCGAGGCCAGUCGUUUUGGACAAGUCAGUAGACUUUGCAGAUCCAUAGUGACCACUAAUUCAACAGAGAAACAGAUUCAACAACAUCUAGGAAAUUUGAAUAUAAGUAAGAGUUCUGGACCCGACGAACUGAGAUGGCAAAAAGUCAAUAUCUGUAAAUAUUUCUCUGUGUCAAAGGGAAAUAUUCCGCAUUUUUUAAAAGCGGAGGUAAUAUUUGCUGAAGUCAUUGCUUUUUGAUUUGCUUCCCCCACACAACCUGCAACUUGAUAUAUAGUAACUGGCUUUCCAGGAUGAUGCAGCAGCCAGCUAUCUAUACCAGCAUUAUAAGCAAUACUAAAAGGCUUAAAAAUGCCAACGUCUAAAGGUACAAUCUUAUUGGUCGAGUAUGGUGGUAAUGUCACAAUAGUGACGCAAUUUUCCUUAGCAAGAUUGAUAACCUGGAUGGAUAGAUGAUUGUCAUAAAGUAAAAGACUUGGAUUUUCUUUCGAACUAGAGGUGUGCUUAAUAAAGUGCUUCAUUACUUUUAAAAACAAGUCGGCAUUCAUCCAACCAGACGGAGGCGCCAGACCUAAAGUACCAGGCGGAGCACCAACAAUCAUGUGUUCUUUGAAGUGAACCCGUGGAAAAACCAUAGCAGGAGGGAGAUGAUUUCCUGCAGCAUUUACUAGUGAACACGUUGUUACAAGAACGCCCUUUUCUCCACUUGUAACUUUAUUGACUUGUUUUGCUCCUUUUUCGGCCCAUUUUUUGAACAGUCACUGUAGCCGUUUCAUCAAGAUUAGAAAUACGCGUCCCAUUUCUAAACCUUUUAUUGCGUUUCAGUGCUUUGCAUAAGUUAUUAAAAAACAUAUUAAAGUUAUGCUUAUUAAAGGAUGUGGCCCGUAACAGACUACAUCCUUCUGGAGUUCUUAAAGAAACAUUUGGAUUUCUUCUUAUGAAAUUUCUCAUCCACUCUUCUCCUGCCAUUUUAUUAACGGACCAUUUCAGAGGCAUCUUAAAAUGGUUUAUGAACGCUAGCUCAUAAGCCAAUUUACGGCAAUUACGAACAGGGAGCCCAUAAAACAUCUAAGAGCAUUUAAUAAUAUAAUCAGCCAGCAUUUUUUCUUGCUCGGUAUUAAAUACUUUAUUUACUGCAUAAUUAGGUGUAUACCGAAUUAGUUCAUCCUGACUGGAUUUUCUCUUUCGCACAUAUCUAAAAAUAGAUAUUGUAUGUAUUUGGUAAGUAUGAUUAACUAACUUUUUUACCUAGAUAAGGUCUGGAAACUUAAAUUUUCUUGUUUUGCAACAGUUCUAGUGCUACGUCCGCUAAGCACAGCUUCAACUGCCCUUUUCAUAGUUUCCUCGGAAAAUGUUCCAUAGUUUGUUUUCCUUGGUGGAUUCCUCGGCAUUCUGAACACUUUUUUUUAUAAAAUUCUAAAAAAAAGUAGCAAGUUCUACAUUUUUUAAUAAUAUCUGGGUAACAAUGAGACAUGUCUCAAUGUACCCCGCCUCACUGUUACCCAUUGUCGCUAAAGCUAAAGAAAAAUAUAACCCUUACCUCAAAUUUCUAUUUCUCUAUUAAACUGCCUUAUUCUGUUAGCUAAUCUACACAUAACUUUAUGGUAAUACUAACAAACUGCUUAAUAUUCAACUUAAUUUUACAAAAAAAUCAACUUUCCUGUUGAUAUUUACUUUUUGCACACGAAAGGCACGUGAACGCGACAGAAUUUAAUUCAAACACGAAUGAAAAUCAAUCGGAUAGGAAAUCGGUAACUGUCAAUGUAGCUAAGAUACACAAGUAGUGACAUCUUUUGACUGGACAAAGAACCGGAGCAAUUUCGAAUGUCUUACUGUUACCCAGUUUCCCCUAUGGUACGGAUGAAAUAUAUCCCAUCUUACCCAGAUUUACAUAAAAAAAUAUCAUUUCAAUUUCCUGAAUAAUUCUAAGACUACCGUAACGAAACAACAAAACUAGUUACUACUGAAGGUACUUAUAAACUAAUUGAUACCGUCUUUGAGUUUGUCGCUUAGAGACCUUUCUAUGAAAGGCAAAAAAAAAAUUGUACACGAUAACGGAACGAAAUAUCAAUACGAACUAAAUAUGUUUGUUUGUGUCAAAUAUGUUGAAAAUAUAAGAAAGAUGCUUGCUAUGUCAUUUCAGGCAUUCUCGUAUUUCCUCUACGUAGCGCCGAGAAAGUUCUAGUGUUUAUUAAGAUAAUUGAUAAGAUUUAAGGACAAUUGGCAUGCUUCGAUAUGCUUAUCCCGAUAGAGCCUUUAUAAAGGGGAAUGUGAUAUUAGAAGUAUAAGAAUAACUAAAUUUAAGGUAUUUUCUAAGAUUAAAUUUUAUACUUCAUUUAAUAAAUAAUUUUUAAGGUU